AUGGAUUUCGAAAUCAGACUCGAUGAUGAUGUGCUCGCCGCCAUUCGCGAGGAGGAUAUCCGCAACAUGGAGUCAGGACAAAACAUCGAAGGCGGCAAUGAAGGCCAUAUCUCAUCCUCCAACUUGAACAACUUCAUGAACCCCUCCGCUCUGGCCCCAGUUGCGACUCUCCCCUACGCUCCAGCUCAGCACCAAUACGAAAAUCACGCCCACAGCACCUACACGAAUGUCUACAACAUGGCGCCACCUCCUCAACCCCACGACAACAAUACACAGGGGUUGAGUUCCUACUCGAUUGGCGGAGAUGAGAACGUAAAUCCUUACCACCCAUCCAACGAUCCCUCCCAAGGCUUAAGUCAGCACCCCUACGACAACCCCUCAACGACAACGUACAACAACACCCACACUCAACCUCAACCUCACCCUUACCCCCCUUCCAUCCCCAUUCAAACAUCUCCCAACACCGCUCUCCCGCACCCAUCAACUCUCUCCAUCUUCCCCCAAUCAACCUUAUCCCUCUCUUUCCCGCCCGGCAUGGCCCCUCCACCCGUCAGCAUCCGCCACAAGCCCCACCACAAGGAGCUCGCCAAGCUGGAUACUGAGUACGCGAAAUACGAAGAGGUGAUUCAAGAUGAGGACCGCAUGGUCGGCAAGGGUCGGCGGGAUGCGCGAGAGGGCGAGGAAGAGCUGCGAGUGUGGGCCGCAAGAGAGAAACUGGAUGAGCAUCUCAAGGCCCGCAUGGGGUUCGUGGCACUGGCGAAUGACCGCCUCCAAGCGGCGGUGGGCGAAAGAAAUAGCUGGGCUUUUGAACUUCCAGAAGUCCUGCUCCACAGAACACCCGCCACCUUCGGCAGCCGACUUAACGUUCCCAACCGCCGCAACCCCCCCAUCUUAGGCAAUGCCAAUCUCACACCAUCCAGCGCCGCUAAGCACCUCUCCAACGGCCGCCGCAAAGACAGUGGUGUUGCUCUCGGUCGCAUCUCACAGACUCCUCUUUCCCCAUUGGUUAUCAGUGGCCAAGUUGACGAGGUUACUGGAAAGGGCUUGCGAGAGUGGCUGCUCAGCCGAGGAAAAGAGUCGGGCACGCAGAAGAAGAGAGAGUGUCGCAACAUCGCUUUCCAUGAUUUCACACCUGAUGCGCACACGGGUAAUCAUAGCAAUGUUCUGCUGGCGUGUUACAGCGGUGGUGGCCUACACGAGAGAGUUGAUGCUUAUGAGAUCGAUCUCCCAACCACAGUCACAGACCCUGCAACGGGCCAAACAGGAGCAGCAGUUCAAAGCUGGCUCUGGUUCCUCAUCUCCCGCCCGGUCUUGACUCUCUCCCCAUCAUCCUACAAUAGUGGCCUCCAGCUCCCACCCAACUUCAAAAAAUUCCCCAUCCCAACAUCCUGGGUGGUCUUCGCCUGCCCAGCCUCACACGUAACCGCCUACCCGGCCGCCAGAGACGACUCCGUCCCCUACCCACCCCCUAGGAACCCGUUCAGCAUUCCCCUUUCCGCGCCCCUUGGCAUCUUCCGCGCCCGCGGCACCGAGCGAGAGAGCAAGACGGUCUACAAGCGCCAGGACUACGACUUCUCGCAGCAGGGCGUCCCGAUCUUCGAGUUCAGCUCGGCCGAGCUCUUCCCCGUCCCGAGCCGCAAGCGCAUCGAGUUCCUGUCCGUCGACGGCCUCCGCGGCUGGGACCCGAGGGACUUGUGCACGGCGUACAACGAGCAGGAGUGGAAGCGCAAGGUCGCAGAGUGGGAGCAGUCUGUCCUCAACCUGAGCAAGCAGGAGCUGAAGAUGGAUGAGCAGGUGGGCCGUCUGCGGGAGAAGGAGAUACCCAGCACGUGUCGGGGCGUUUGGUGGGAGCAGUUCUACGACGGCUUGUACCAGGAUGAGACGAAGUGGCGCCGUAUCCGCGAGGCCAUGGCGAGGGGCAAGUGUCGCGUUGUGGUCCGGUGGGCGGAGCUGGCGGAGGUGAAGCCUGCUGAGGAAGGUCUCGGUCUCGGCGCCGGAUUCGGCGACGAGGUUGACGAUGCGUUGGCUGGGAUCGGACUCGGUGUGAGGCUCAAUGGCGGCUCGCUGGGAUGCAGCAGCAGCGGCGGCAGCGGUAGGAAGAUCAAGGAGAGACUUGGGCGUCGGAAGAUGGGCGCAAAGAGCAGCCGAGGCGAGCUGAGACGUCGUAGCGGUUUGGGUCUGGGCACGACUUCUCAGGAGAGCCUUCGCUCGGCCGGCGCAGAUGGUAUGGCUGGUCUCAGCACGAAUGGGCACUUGAUCGGCGUUGGUCGGGACAUCGAGAGAGGUUCGGCCUUUGGUGGAGGAGGGGACAGCACACCACCAGUCUCGGCCCCCUACCCAUACUACUCGUCGAUGGAUGUGGAGCCAGACGUGGCGGAGGACGUGAAGCCGAACCUGUAG